UUAAACCAAAAACUUCUCACAUCUUACAUGCUCCCUAAUACAUUUACUAUGAUUGCAACAAUAAUUAUUGUUGUUGCACUAACACUUGUAGGUGUGAGUUCAGUUCCAGAAGCUGAUAAGAUAAGCACUUUGCCAGGGCAGCCACCGGUCAAAUUUGAGCAAUAUUCUGGUUACAUAACCGUGGAUGAGCAGCAGCAGAGAGCAUUGUUUUACUACUUUGUUGAAGCAGAAGAUGACCCUGCUUCCAAGCCACUAGUCCUUUGGUUGGAAGGAGGGCCUGGUUGUUCGUCUCUAAUUGGAGCUUUUGUUGAGCAUGGCCCUUUCAAACCGGGUGACAAUCUUCUGGUGAAAAAUGAUUACAGCUGGAACAAAGAGGCAAAUAUGCUAUACUUGGAAUCACCAGCAGGUGUUGGAUUCUCCUACUCUUCCAAUACAUCUUUCUAUGACUUAGUGACUGAUGAAAUUACAGCUAGGGAUAAUCUUGUUUUCCUACAGCGCUGGUUCACUGAAUUUCCACAGUACUCCAACAACGACUUUUUCAUUUCAGGGUCGAGCUAUGCAGGUCAUUAUGUUCCACAACUUGCACAACUUAUUGUGGAAACCAAGACCAAAUUCAAUCUCAAGGGGAUAGCAAUGGGGAAUCCACUUCUGGAAUUCAAUACUGAUUUCAACUCCAAAGCUGAGUUCCUUUGGUCCCACGGACUCAUAGCAGAUGAAACUUACGAAGUCUUCACUAGAGCAUGCAACUAUUCCACAAUAUAUAGGAUUACGCAAAUUCAAAAUAGGAAUCUUAGUGGAGUUUGUGCAAGAGUAAAUAAGCUUGUUUUUACUGAGGUUAACAAAUAUACAGAUACAUAUGAUGUCACUCUUGAUGUCUGUUUGUCAUCAGUCGAUCAACAGGCUUAUGUACUGAAUAAUCUGCAAGGGACAGAGAAGAUAGAUGUUUGUGCGCAAGAUAAAACAAUGACAUACUUAAACAGAAAAGAAGUGCAGAAAGCUCUCCAUGCUAAGCUUGUUGGAGUCACCAAAUGGUCAGCUUGCAGCGGAGUUGUCCAUUAUGACUAUGAGAAUUUUGAGAUACCAACAAUUCCUAUUCUAGGGUCACUUGUUAAGUCUGGCAUCCGGAUUCUAGUAUUCAGUGGAGAUCAAGAUUCAGUCAUCCCAUUACUGGGAUCGCGAUCACUAAUAAACGGAUUAGGCAAAGAACUUGGACUGAAUACAACAGUGGCCUAUAGAGCCUGGUUUGAGAGAAAACAGGUAGCAGGAUGGACGCAGGUAUAUGGAGACAUAUUAUCAUAUGCAACUAUAAGAGGUGCAUCUCAUUUACCACCCUAUACACAACCAGAGAGAUCACUAGUGCUAUUUAAGGCAUUUCUGGAAGGAAAGUCACUACCAACAAUUAUCUAAAACAUGAACAUGUUUAAUAAAACGGGUAUUCCUAUGUACAACAAUAAUUAGAAAUCCUUCUAAACUGCUCAGGAAAGUGAUAAUUAUUGGAUCAGCUUUUGAUUGUUAUUUUGUUCUUUCAAUCUUUCUAUAUUUUGUUGUUUUCUUUAUGAACAAUGAGUUAAUGGUGUGCAUGGUAAGAAAAACAGUACUGGCUU